AUGGCGGAAAGCGUGGCAGAUAUGCUCGCAAGUGCUGACGAGAGUGAGCGGUCAGACUGCUCUAUAAGAACGGUCAGGUCGAGGUCGAACUCGAACUCCUCUGCGGGGUCGAAUAAGCGGCGAUUUUGGGCCGAUGAUGACGCAAAAAGAGCCAGUAGAGGGGCAAGCGAGCCUCCCUUGGACGACAGGGAGGCAUUGGGCUCCUCUGAGCCAGAAGGUCAAGAGGAAAAGAUCAAGCGCUCAAGGGGACGUCCACCUACGACGGGCCAAUACGUUGGCCUUGCAGCGGCAAAGAGAGCCCUCAACGAGGCCAAACGAGAGGCUCUCGAGAUAGAGGCGGAGUUGGACAUUGCAAGCCAGGCAAAAGUGGCAAGGCAACUGCGGGACACGCGAUUUUCCAAGUCACCCUCAGUCUGUGAAGACGUGAAUGAGAAGUCUGCGGUAGACCUCUCCAAAUCGGUGGCGGACCACGUGAAGAUUAUCAAGAACGUGGCCUCAACAUCAAAGAAUCUAAAGGGAACCUAUGUGCGGGCCCUUAAACAGGCUGCGGAAACUAUCGCGAAAGCGUUUGACAGUUUAAGCGAGCGCACGAUCUCAGACGAGACUCGCCAACUGCAGGCGGCGAAUAGUCGCCUGCAAGAGGAGAUGGCCAGCCUCCGCGGGGAACUGGCACAACUAAAGGCAGAAGUAGAGCGAGGGAAGCGGAGGGAGAGUCCUGCGCGGGAGGUUCUGCCCUCCGGACCAGGCGAGGACGCAGACAUGCCAGAAUCGAUGACGUUGGACACGCUGCCGGCCCCGAAGGGAAAGUCGUCGUCGGGCAAGAGCCAACCGACGAUUGACCUGACGCCCGCUCUCCUGGACGAGGAUUUGAGUCGUGCAGUGGCUCUCCAGGUGGGAGCGAUUAUAAGCGCAUGUCUGGACGGACUAGAGGCCGAGGGUCGUCUGCUGCCGGCUAAACAGCUGCGACCGGCAUUGGCAGCAGACAAUAAAAAGCAGGCUGCAGCAUCCACAGCUUCUUCUGCGGCGAGAGCAACUGCUGGCACCAGUGGGAAAAAAGUGAUUGAUGCCACCAAAAAGCCACAGUCUGCUCCAGCUCCUGGAGCUACAAAAAAGGCCAACAAAAAGGCGGAAAAGAAGGGAGGUGGGACUUCGAACCAGUCAGCAAAGGAGUCCCCCACACCCCGCUCGCUGCCUCCUGCCCCCGCCUCCAUGAAAGAGGGCUGGAAUGUGGUUGCGAGCAAGGGAAACAAGCGGAAGACGGCUCAGCGCGUGGCCCCGUCGCAGCAAACAGAAAAAGCAAAAGCCGCAAAGCUGAAAGCUCCACGAUCUGCAGCCGUUGUGCUUACCCUACAACCAGAAGCUGCGGAGAAAGGCGUCACAUACAAAGAUGUCAUUGCGGAGGCUAGAACCAAGGUCCAACUGACAGACAUGGACAUCUCUGGGGGACUGCGUUUCCGGCGAGCGGCUACCGGAGCGUGCAUUCUUGAGGUCCCUGGAGCAUCAAGCGGGGUGAAAGCCGACAAACUAGCUGAAGCGAUCCAACAGCAGCUCGGCGCGGAGAAAGUACGGGUGUCUAGGCCAACUAAAACCGUUGACAUUCGCGUCACUGGCUUGGACGAGUCGGUGUCCGCAGAUGAGGUGGUCGCGGCGGUGACACGAACGGGAGGUUGUACCGUAGACACGGUGAAGGCCGGAGAAAUACGUCAGGGUUUCUCAGGGCUCGGUACAGUGUGGGUUCAAUGUCCCAUCGCAGCUGCAAAGAAGAUAGUGGCUGGGGGUCGCCUACUGGUAGGAUGGGUCUCUGCGCAAGUGAAGCUGCUAGAGAAGAGGCCUUUACGAUGCUUCCGGUGCUUUAGAAAUGGGCAUGUAAGGGCGCAAUGUAAGGCGGAAACGGACCGGUCUGAAAGCUGUUUCCAGUGUGGCAAGGAUGGUCACAAAGCGGCUCAAUGCACUGCUGCACCAUACUGUGCCGAGUGUGCGGCAGCAGGCAAGCCAUCGGAGCACAGAAUAAGCAGCAAGGCGUGCACUGCGCCCAGAACUGCCGGGAAUAGUAGGAAGAACAAAGCUGCUAAUAGCCCCCAGGCCCCCUCGCAGCUGGUCAAGUCGCCCGCCAUGGAACAGGUCGCGACGGAGGAGGUUCAAAAUAUGGCCGUCGGUUAA